AUGGACAGACCAAUCACUGCUGGCCAGCUUAAAGAAAAAUCGCUGUUCCAGGACAGCAAUGGCAGUGCAGUUCCUUCCAAGACUAUGUGCCAUAACUGUUCUAAGCUAAAGGUAUUUCUUGGAGCUCUAGCUUUUUCCUUUUUUGCCAAAGGAUUUUCUGGAAGCUACAUGAAGAGCAUGUCCAGUCAAAUUGAAAGGAGAUUUGAAAUCUCAUCAUCGAUUGUUGGCAUUAUUGAUGGCAGCUUUGAGAUAGGUAACUUAAUGGUGAUGGUGUUGGUGAGCUACCUUGGACCAAGAGUUCAUCGGCCAAAAAUAAUUGCUGUGGGGUGUCUCAUCAUGUCUGUAGGAGCUUUUUUGUCAGUGAUGCCUCAGUUCCUAAUGGGACGUUACAAUUACGAAAGGAUAACUGUUAGUGUGGACAACUCCUCCACGAGUGUAUCAGCGUGCUCCCCAGCACCAUCUGAGGGCCCUGCAGUCACAGGUGCUACAGAAACACUCAGCACAGUGCCAAAUGCUGGAUGUGAGAAAACAACAAAUUCCUAUCUGUGGCUCUUUGUGUUGGUGGGGAACCUUCUACGUGGAAUUGGGGAAGCGCCAAUUAUGCCACUGGGAGUUUCAUAUAUUGAUGACUUUUCUAAAGAAGAAAACUCAGCAUUUUACAUAGGCUUGGUGAGAUCCUCAGGCAUGUUUGGGCCCACGCUGGGCUUCCUGCUGGGCUCGUUCUGUGCCAGUCUCUGGGUCGACGUCGGCGCCGUGGCCGUCGAUGCCAUCAGCAUAAAUCCUAAGGAUACCCGUUGGGUUGGUGCCUGGUGGCUUGGAUUGCUUAUCUGUGGAGCAGUCAACUUCAUUGCUUCAUUGCCUUUCUGGUUUUUGCCCUAUUCCUUACCAAAAGAAGGAGAGAAUGAAAACUUGAAGAUUAGUCACUUGUCUGUCCAAGGAGAUCACUGUAAAAUAGAUCCCCCAGCUCAGCCGCAGCUAAAGUUCUCAGAUGCAGUAAAAGAUUUCUUGCCAGCACUCAGGAAGCUGUUUGGAAAUCCAAUUUUUUUGGUGUUCGUCUUCCUCACUAUUCUGCAGUACAAUUCCAUUGUUGGGAUAAUAACCUAUGAGCCAAAGUUUAUGGAGCAGCAAUUUAAUAUAUCAGUGGCAAAAGCCAUCUUUCUAAUUGGUGUGAUACUUUUACCUGUCACAAUCCUGGGGAUGUUUCUAGGAGGCUUCCUGAUCAAGAAAUUCAAGCUUCACAUAACUGAGAUGGCGAAGUUUGCAUGCAUCACCUUUCUAGUGGCAUACUUGCUGAACCUCUUGUACUUCCUGUGCAACUGUGAGGUGCUGCAGGUGGCUGGGCUGACAGCGCCCUACUCGGGAAUGAAGCACCUUUCCUCCAGCAAGCACAUCUACAUGGCCAGCUGCAAUGCUGAGUGCAGCUGCAAGGUGGACCAGUGGGACCCUGUCUGUGGGGAUAAUGGGAUCACAUACAUGACAGCCUGCUUUGCGGGGUGCAAAUCAUCAUCUGGGACAGGAAGGAAUAUGGUGUUUCACAAUUGCAGCUGUGUGGAAGGACGAGGGCUCAGGCUUGGCAAUUCCUCUGCAGUUCUGGGACAAUGCCAAAGAGAAAGCUGUACCAAAGCCUUUCCCUAUUUUUUAGCAUUACAGACUGCAUGUGCAUUUUUUUUAGCCUUAGGAGGCACUCCUACAUACAUGAUUAUGUUUAGGUCUGUUUCUCCAGACCUGAAAUCCUUUGCUGUUGGGAUAGAAACCUUGGGUGGUAGAGUACUAGGAGGACUCCCAGCCCCUAUUUAUUUUGGUGCCUUGAUAGAUGAGACCUGCUUGAAAUGGGGGACAAAAAGCUGUGGGGGAUCUGGAUCCUGCCGAGUAUAUGACACAAAAGAAUUCAGGAAUGUCUAUCUUGGCCUCAUUGCAGGACUACGGGCAGGAUGCUGUCUCUUGUACUUAGUGCUCUCUGUUUUAAUUAUGAAACGCUUCAAACCAGAUGGCAAAGAGAUGGCAGAUAUUAAAAACACAGGGAGAUCAGCCAGCAAAGAACUAGAUACUGUCAACAAAAGAGAAAUUCUUCCUGGUUCAAGAACCUCAGACGAGAGUGAAGAAACUUAUAUGUAA